CCACACUACUACAUACAUCACCAUAGCCCACCAUCACUUUGUAUAUACAUAUAUAUAACACUCAUGAGCAAUUAACAAAGAGAGAGUUAGCUGGAGUGAUGAGUGUGGAGAUGAUGGAGAAUGAGCAUCUUCAACAUGAUAAGCAAGAAUUGAGGCAGUAUAGAGGCUUAGGGUUUGGGGGCCAAAUGAGGAUCGCAACCAACCACGAUCAUAAUGCAGGUGAUCAUCAAGGGAUGAGGAUAAAGCCUCAUGAUCAUCAGUCCAACAAUAACAAGCAUUCCUACUUUCUUCGUGCUAAGACGCCUCGAUUUCUAGGGUUUCAUCACGUGGGCGAGGAUGACGGUGAGUUCAAGAAGCCAUCGCCGAUUAAUAGAGAAGGUAUUGAGAGAGAGAAAAGCUCCUCCUCCUUCUUGCCAUCUCCUCGCUCCAAAACCGACACGCCAUUGAUCCACGAGCACCCGAGCUUAAGCGAAGAGGAAGACCUAGCUAAUUGCCUCGUCAUGCUCUCGAAGAAAUCAUCAUCCCACGGUGAUGAGAGAGAGGAGAGUAAUUCCAAGGGGAAAGAAGUGGUAGAGAAGGGCACCUUCCAAUGCAAAGCUUGUAAAAAAGUGUUCAAUUCCCACCAAGCAUUAGGGGGCCAUAGGGCAAGCCACAAGAAAGUUAAGGGCUGCUUCGCGUCCAAGAUCGACGGCCUCAACGACGACGAAAGCCUCGACGAUAUUCAGGAGCCGUCGAUGCAAGAGGAUCAAGAGCCCCACCCGCCCCCACCCGAGCCCGACACCGCCCUCCGCCCCGUGCCCUCCGCCAGGAAGAGGACCAAGAUGCACGAGUGCUCCGUCUGCCGCCGCGUCUUCUCCUCCGGCCAAGCCCUAGGCGGCCACAAGAGGUGCCAUUGGCUCACAACCUCCACGGACAACGCCUUCAUCCCGAAUUUCCACGAUUUCCAAUACGAUCACCGGAGCCAACAGCUCUGCAAGAAACCACCCCUCUUCACUACUGCAAAGCCCCAUCAUCUUCUUGAUCAUGAGCAUGAGCAUGAGCAUGAUCAUGAUCAACAGCUCGAUCUCAAUCUCAACCUCCCUCCCGCGCCACAGCAUGAUCGGAAACGCGAUAAUGGUGGCGACGACAAUGACAACGACAACGAUGGCGUUCAUGAUGGUGAUAGAACUAGUAAAUGUGAGGCAUCGACAAGAUUGUGCUUGCAGCAGUGGACCGAUCAAAACCAACUGCCGAAACCCGGUGACGGCCCGAUCGACCGGGGCGGCGAAGAGGCGUGUGAGAUGAAGCUAAGAAAGCUGAGCGAUCUAAGGGAUGUGAACUUGGAUGGAGGGUGGUUGCAGAUGGGGAUUCCUUCAACCAGUGAGAUGAGGUGAUGGGAUUAAAACCAAGAUUAAACUGUUUUUUUUUCUUUUUUUCUUUUUCUUGUUCCUUUGUAAUUAAUACGUAUAUACUAUUAUGUAUCAUCGCAUAAAUUACAUGCAACGACAAGAAUAAUGCAAUUUAAACUGAUAUAUAGU